AUGGACGAAGCUGCAGUGAAGCAGGGCUUCCUGUACCUCCACCAGCAGCAGACUUUCGGAAAGAAAUGGAAGCGGUUCUGGGCUGUGCUGUAUAGAGAAUCCGGGUGCACCUUGGCCCGGCUGGAGCUGCAAGAGUGCCCGGAGAAGCAGCGCCGUGGAGAGGCGGCGAAGCGGAUUAUCCGCCUCAGUGACUGCUUACGGGUGGCUGUGGCCAGUGGGGAGGCCAGCAGCCCCCGAGACACCAGCGCCUUCCUCCUGGAGACCAAGGAGCGCCAGUGGCUGCUGGCCGCCCUCACAGCAGACCAGAGUGACUGGAUGGAGGCCAUCUGCCUGGUGGCCUUCCCUGGGCAGAAGAAGGAGCUGUCACGGCCAGGGAUGGAAGGCAUGCUGGGGGAUGCAAGUCGGCCCUGCAUGGAGGAGAAUGAACUGUAUAGCAGUGCAGCCACGGUGGUUGCGCGGAAAAAGUUUGCUGUGACCAUUAGACCCACUGAAGCCAGUGAAAGAUGCCGACUCCGGGGAGUCUAUACCCUGCGGGCUGGAGAGAGUGCCCUGGAGCUGUGGGGUGGCCCAGAGCCUGGCAGCCUCCUCUAUGACUGGCCUUAUAGGUUUCUGCGACGCUUUGGACGUGACAAGGUCACCUUUACCUUUGAGGCCGGCCGCCGCUGCUUCUCUGGAGAGGGCAACUUUGAGUUUGAGACACAGUAUGGUAACGAGAUCUUCCUGGCCCUGGAGGACGCCAUCUCUUCUCAGAAGAACACUGCUCCUCUUGGGCCCCAAACCCAGCCAGUCACUCUCCCCACAGGGCUGUCUCAGCCAGAGAGCCCUUACUCCCGGCCCCAUGACUCCCUGUCACCACCAUCGCCCUCUACAAAGCAAAGAUCUGGGGCACAACCUGUGGCCCCAGAGGGGGAAUAUGCUGUGCCCUUUGAUGCAGUGGCCCGUUCCUUGGGAAAGAGCUUCAGGGCCAUCCUCGCAGGCCCUCCCCAGGCUGACCCUCUAUACGACAGCAUCGAGGAGCACCCAGCCCCCCGACCUGACCACAUAUACGAUGAGCCAGAGGGAGUGGCUGCCCUCUCCCUGUAUGACAGCCCCCAAGAGCCCCAGGGUGAGGCAUGGAGAAGGCAGGCCAAAGCUGACAGGGACCUCAGUGGCCUUCAGCACAUCUUUCCAUCAGGGCAGGACUUUUCUGCCUCUGACUGGCCUCAGGGAACUGAGUAUGACAAUAUUAUACUCAAGAAGGGUCCAAAGUGA